CUUUGUAUUCUACUUGAUUGACAUCAUAAUAUUUUCACUGAUCAUUCGUAAUUUGUAUUCUACACCCAACCCAACCUAACCCAACCAUGUUCUCGUUCCGUAUCAUCCUUCUUCUGUUUCUCUUCGCUCUUAUAGCUAUUCUUGGAUCCACCAGUGGGGAACAAGAGUGUGAUGAUUUAUCUGCGGCCCGGACAGAAAUGUCCGACGAACAAACGCGACAAAGUUUGGACAAUGCGGACAAGUUUGGUAGGAUCACUCUCGACUGUGGGAGUACUGGUGGAGGGAGCGGUGGAAGCAACGGCUUAUCCACGAUUAUAGACCUAUCUGUUGGUCUCUUCUUUGUUAUUUGGGUCGCCAUUGGAAUCUGGAUUGUCUUCGUCCGAAGACAAAAGGCUAUGAACGCAGCCGUUGUCAAACCCUAUCCAGGAGAAGAGAUGGGCUAUGGAAUGGGUGAGAAGACGAAAACGGUUGCCAUGAGUGCUCCUGCGGGAAAGCUUUCAAAUGGUGACACCAAUGUUUGAAAACACUUGAAUUCUUAAACUCGU